UUCGACAUGUCCCACCCAGAUUAUAAGAACGUGCGUAUUAAAAAUAAAAUUUGGGAUCAGAUUGGAAAUGAAUUAAAUAUAAAAGGUGAAGAUCUGAAGAAACGCUGGAAGAAUUUUAGAGACUGCUAUGCAAAAUACCUCCGUUCUGAAAAGUCUAGAACUGGACAACAGGCGAAGACUACUAGCCUCUACAAAUCCUGGUCUUGGGCACAACAUAUGGAAGCUUUCCGACCCUUCCUGCAGUUUGCUCAGAGUCCAAUGUCUCAGAUCCCGGGCUUUCAGAAUCACUGGAACUACUUAAUGAAGAAGAAGUCACUACGCAGAACGAGGCUUCUCUAACGGAAGAAAACUUAUCGAUUGAGAUGAUCCAUGAGCAAGACAAAAAAUAGAAAAGUUACGUACCAAAAGAAAACUUUCGCAAGACAUUAAAUACUCUUCAGUUGAUAAAGUUAUAUAUUUUUUAAAUAAACGGCACAGUAAUUGUGAGGAAAGUGCUGACGAAAUAGAUCUAGUAUUUCGGGGUUACGCAGCGAGCAUUAAAAAACUAUCAUCACAACGUCAGACGCUCAUCAAAUAUCAGAUAGCUAAAUUAAUAAUAGAAGAGGAGUUAUCUCAGCAAGCAGAAAUGCGACCAGGAACAAGUAAUUCCUUCAGCUCAUCUCCUUUAUCCUCCAAUUUACCUCUUCAUUCACCAAACGACGAACAAAAUGUUUACAAUGAAAGACAAGAGAUUCUAGUAACAGCCAUUCUUCUGCACAAUGGUAUGAGAAUUUUGCUCGCAGAAUUACAAAAAUAUAAAUAUCUUUAUUUUUAUAUAAGUUUUCUUGUAAAAAUGAUUUUCUCUCCUUCUCGAUUUGAUAUAUUCGAAUAAUUUGUUUAACGUAUUUUGUAUGAAUAAAUAAAAAAUAUGCUUACUA